CUCGCUUUCCCCAGACUCUCGCCCUCGAGACUUUGCACGAGCGAGAGUCUGGUACGAUAGCUAUUUAAUUUUUGUGAUUUCAAAUCGAGGCCUACUGAAAAUUCGGUAUUGUUUCUGAUUGGCUGAUUGAGAAAAAUGGAGGAACAGAAGUUUGGAGAAGCUGUGAAAGUGUGUUUACAAAGGCGAAACUUGAAUUUUCAACUGAAAACUCUUCAGUUAUCGAUACUAAAAGACAUCGUUGUAUACAACAAAGACGUACUAGCGGUAUUACCAACAGGAUACGGAAAGACAAUUGUUUAUUCUCUCAUACCAACUCUUGUCGACGAGUUCAAAGACGUUUCAUGCACAGUGGUCAUUGUUAUUUCGCCACUGGUAGCGCUGAUGGAGGAUCAGGUUGUCAACAUUGAAGAGAGUGGGAUACGCUGUGUGUACGCUGGCAAUGCACAAACGCAAGAAACUCUGAAAGAACUGGAAAGUGGAACAGUUCCUAUCAUCAUGAUGAGCCCGGAGUCUCUUUUUCAUGGGGAAUGGAGACAGCUAUUUUCCACUGACAUAUACCAAUCCAGAGUAGCAGCCAUUGUUGUGGACGAAGCACAUUGCGUGGAACAAUGGGGAGAUGAGUUUCGCACAGAUUAUGGGAGGUUAGCAGAGCUAAGGAGCAUUUUGCCAUCUGCUAACAUGCUUGCAUUGACAGCAACAGCUUCACCAAGUUCCAGGUUGUCAAUAAUGAAAAAACUUUGCAUGGAGAAAGCAAAUGUCAUCGUUGGAAAUUGUGACAGGAAAAACAUACUUCUGAAUUGUGUUAAAGCACCUCGCGAAGGGAAAACUGCUUUUUCGUGGCUAAUUGAAUGCCUGAAGAUUCAAAAGCAACAAUGCCCAAAGACUGUGAUUUAUUGUCGCAGUAUUAAGUCAUGUUCAGUGUUGUUCAAACUUUUCGAUGAUCUUCUGAAAGACAAUGCAUAUUGUGGUGUUAAAUGUGCUAAAAACAGACUAUUUGCUAUGUAUCACCAUUCAACGUCAAACAAAUGCAAGAAAAUAGUCAUGAGUGAAUUCCCAAAACCUGAGAGUAAGAUUAGGGUAGUUGUUUGUACAUCUGCUUUUGGCUUGGGAGUUAAUGUUCCUGAUAUAGAUAUGGUAAUAAACUGGGGAGCACCAAGGUCUAUUGAGGAGUUUAUGCAAGAAUUUGGGAGAGGUGGUCGGGAUGGUAGGGAAGCCAUGUCCAUUUUAUAUUACCAUGGAAUGGACAUCAGCAAAACUGCAACAGAUGAUAAAAUGAGGCCGUCUUUAGCCUUUUUCGUGGCGGAUUUCGCCACGCUGGCGUGGCGGAUUGUGACACACGCCCCCUGGAGGCCUCGUUAUAUGGGUUAGGGUAUUGGUAUGGGUAUAUAUGGUUAGGGGAACUUCGUCCGACCUCGGAGGGGGGUUUUCGAUUUUCUACCCCCACCCCCGCCCCGGGGGUGGGGCUUUUUAGUUAAAAUAUAGCCAUUUUCAGCCCUCUAAAAAACAUAGUAGUUGUUAUUAUUUUUCAAUGCAAUUUGGUACAUGGGGAGACUUGGAGGUGGGCUAUCGGACCAUGGUCUUGGUUUUCGGAAAUUUCCUCUCCCGGACCGGAAAUGAUCCGGACAAAAUCGGAAAAACUUCGUGUCACAAUCCGCCACACGCCCCGUGGAGGCCUUUAACGAGGGUGUUGAGCAUUAUUAUGGGUAUGUAUCAUAAGGGGAGCCUAUUCCCACCUUGGAGAGGGGGUUUCCCAUUAUAUGCCCCCGCCCUAUCCGGAGCAGAGUCCGGGAAAUCCGGAGACCGAGGAAAAUCUCACUUAUUCGGUCAGAAAACGCUCAAUACUUAUCCUAUCAGAAAUAUAAUUACAUAUUCUUGUUCGUCUCGUUGAGACGAAGAAAAUGAUAUAAAGAACUUUGAGAUUGGGCAAUAAAUAAAAAAAAUAUGGCCGAUGAGGGAAAUUUGGCCACGCCGACAGAAAUGCAGGAAAAUGCACAGUUUUUCGGAUGUGAAAUCUUUAUUUAUUACUCUAUCUUAAAGUAUCUUAUAUCAUCUUCUUCGUCUCAGUGAGACGAAGAGAAUGGUAUCAACUUCAUAUAGCUAGGUCUAUGUAUAAGAAAACCACAACCCAAAAACCUGUAUUUUUCACUCCUCGAAAAAACUCUAAGUCCAAAUUCACAAGUUUUUGGGGGACGAAAUUUUUAUUUAUCACCCUAACUAUUAUUUGAUUAGAUAUUCUUUCUCGUCUCGUUGAGACGAAUACAAUGAUAUAAGAUAUCAUGGGAUAGGAGCAUUAAUAAAGAUUUGGUCCCCCAAAAACUGUGCAUUUCCUAUAUAAUUCAUUGAGCGUGGCAAAAUCUGACACAAAAUUUUUUUUUCCUUUAUUUAUUGUAGUACAUCAGAGUUCUUUAUAUCAAUUUGUUCGUCUCAAAAGAGGCCCAAAUAAUAUACAAUCAGAUUUGGGGUAUCUUGAAGAAUAUUAAUUUUAGGUGGCCAUAAUUGAUUUUGGACUUUAGCGUCCGAGACAUAUAUAAGCCAAAUAGGAAAAACUUUCAUUGAUCAAGCUAUCUCAAAGUUCUUUAUAUCAUUCUUUUCGUCUCAACGAGACGAACAAAAUGAUAUAAAGAACUUUGAGAUAGGACCAUCAAUAAAAAAAAUAUGACCUAAGUGGCAAAUUCUGACACGCACAAUGAAUUAUAUAGAGAAUACAUACCUUUUGGGGGACCAAAUAUUUAUUAAUGGUCCUAUCCUAUAGUGUCUUAUAUCAUGUUGUUCGCCUUCACGAGACGAGAAAGAAUAUGUCAUCAAAUAAUUGCUAGGGUGAUAAAUAAAGAUUUUACACCCCAAAAUCUUUGUUAUUUGGACUUAGAGUUUUUUCCGACGAGGGAAAAAUACCAAUUUCUGGACUGUGGUUUACUUAUACAUAGACUUAGGUAAACAAAGUUGAUAUCAUUCUCUUUGUCUCAUUGAGACGAAUAAGGGGCUAUAAGGUACUUUACUAUUGAGUAGUUAAUAAAAAUUUCACAUACCAAAAACUGUGCAUUUCCUAUAUAAUUCAUUGAGCGUGGCAAAAUCUGACACAAAAUUUUUUUUUUCUUUAUUUAUUGUAGUACAUCAGAGUUCUUUAUAUCAAUUUGUUCGUCUCAAAAGAGGCCCAAAUAAUAUACAAUCAGAUUUGGGGUAUCUUGAAGAAUAUUAAUUUUAGGUGGCCAUAAUUGAUUUUGGACUUUAGCCUCCGGAAUGCACAUAUAGCUCAAAUAGGAACUGCUUUAUAUCACUAAGUCUCCUGUUAAAGAUAGUUUUUCUCCCAAUAACUUGUCCUCUGCACCAGUACGCUGGUGUGGGGGACUUUUUUUCUCUCCCAAUAACUUGUCCUCUGCACCAGUACGCUGGUGUGGGGGACUUUUUUUUAUCACUCGAUGUAAAAUGACUAAGUCCAAAUUGUAAAAGGUUUAGGGCAUAACAUUUUCAUCAUCCAUCCUACACUUAUUUUAAUUACAUAUUCUUUCUCGUCUUUUUAAGACGAAAAAAAUGAUAUAAAGCACAAUGUCAUAGCUCAAGUAAUAAAAAUUUUGCCACCUGAAAUACUUGACAUUCCUAUUGAGAUUAUGUCCCUUUUAGGAGGGUAAAUAACAAAGACAUAUUCAUGUCCUAAAACUUUAUUAUUCAGGAUAUUUAAAAGAUCUUUACAUCAUUUUUUUCGUCUUGAGGAGACGAGAAGGAAUAUAUAAUCAUAUUUUAUGUAACAUGAAUAAUAAAAAAUUUGACCCCAGAUAACCUGAUUUGGGACUUAGACUUUUUCCGACGAAUGACUGAAAAUGCUUUUGGGGGCUCAUAAUUUUAUUUAUCAAGCUAGAAAUAAGAACUUGGUAUCACCUGGUUCGCCUCAUUGAGACGAAAAACAUGAUAUAAGAAACAUUAAGGUGUGAUAAUAAAUAAGGAAAUGAGCCCCCAAAAGCAUUUUUUAUCACUCGCUGUAAAAUGACUAAGUCCAAAUUGUAAAAGGUUUAGGGCAUAAAAUUUUCAUUUUUCAUCCUACAUUUAUUUUAAUUACAUAUUCUUUCUCGUCUUUUUAAGACGAAAACGAUGAUAUAAAGCACACUCAUAUAACUUAAGAAAUGAAAAGUUGACCCCCAAAUAUCUAUGCAUAUACUUUGACAUUAACAGGUGAAAUAAGAAAUAUCCUAUUAAAGUAAAAAAACCUCUAUUUUUCAAGUAAUGUAAUAGAUCUUUAUACUAUCUUUUUCGGCUUGAAAAGACGAGAAUGAACAUGUAAUCAGAUCUGCUGUAGCUUGAAUAUUGAAAAUUCUACUCUUGAAAACUUGAUUUUGGACUUAGACUUUUUUCGACAAUUAACUUAAAAUGCUUUUUGGGACUCAUCAUCUUAUUGAUCAAGCUAGAAAUAUGAACUUGAUAUAACCUGUUUCGCCUCAUUGAGAGGGAAAAAAUGAUCUAAGAAACAUUAAGAUGGGAUAAUAAAUAAGGAAAUGAGCCCCCAAAAGCAUUUUUUAUCACUCGCUGUAAAAUGACUAAGUCCAAAUUGAAAAAGGUUUAGGGCAUAAAAUUUUCAUUAUCCACCCUACAUUUAUUUUAAUUACAUAUUCUUUCUCGUCUUUUCGAGACGAAGAGAAUGAUAUCAAACUCAAUAUCAUAGCUCAAUAAAUGAAAAUAUGACUUCCAAUAAUCUAUUAAUUUCCUUAUAAGAGUAUUAGGCUUAUGCCUUAUAAGGAAAUUAGUAGAUUUUUGAAAGCCAAAUUUUCAUUGAUUGAGCUAUGACAUUGAGCUUUAUACCAUUUUCUUCGUCUCAAUGAGGCGAAAAAGAAUAUGCCAUCAAAUAUUUUUUCCGACCAAAGGGUACCCCCAAACCUAGGCACGGGCCAUAACCCUAGCUCUGCGAGAUUUAAAAUUAGGGUUAGCCCUCAGUCCUGUAUUUGUCAUCCAAAAAAUAUUUUGUUACCAUAGUCUUUUUCGCCUUUUUGAGACGAAAAGAAUGAUAUCAAACUCAAUAUCAUAGCCCAAUAAAUGAAAAUAUGGCUUCCAAUAAUCUAUUAAUUUCCUUAUAAGAGUAUUAGGCUUAUGCCUUAUAAGGAAAUUAGUAGAUUUUUGAAAGCCAAAUUUUCAUUGAUUGAGCUAUGACAUUGAGCUUUAUACCAUUUUCUUCGUCUCAAUGAGGCGAAAAAGAAUAUGCCAUCAAAUAUUUUUUCCGACCAAAGGGUACCCCCAAACCUAGGCACGGGCCAUAACCCUAGCUCUGCGAGAUUUAAAAUUAGGGUUAGCCCUCAGUCCUGUAUUUGUCAUCCAAAAAAUAUUUUGUUACCAUAGUCUUUUUCGCCUUUUUGAGACGAAAAGAAUGAUAUCAAACUCAAUAUCAUAGCUCAAUAAAUAAAAAUAUGGCUUCCAAUAAUCUAUUAAUUUCCUUAUAAGAGUAUUAAGGCUUAUGCCUUAUAAGGAAAUUAGUAGAUUUUUGAAAGCCAAAUUUUCAUUAAUUGAGCUAUGGCAUUGAGCUUUAUACCAUUUUCUUCGUCUCAAUGAGGCGAAAAAGAAUAUGCCAUCAAAUAUUUUUUCCGACCAAAGGGUACCCCCAAACCUAGGCACGGGCCAUAACCCUAGCUCUGCGAGAUUUAAAAUUAGGGUUAGCCCUCAGUCCUGUAUUUGUCAUCCAAAAAAUAUUUUGUUACCAUAGUCUUUCUCGGUUUUUUGAGACGAAAAGAAAUAUAUAAUCAUAUUUUAUGUAACAUGAAUAAUAAAGAUUUUGACCCCAGAUAACCUGAUUUGGGACUUAGACUUUUUCAGACAAAUGACUGAAAAUGCUUUUGGGGGCUCAUAAUUAUAUUUAUCAAGCUAGAAAUAUGAACUUGAUAUAACCUGAUUCGCCUCAUUGAGACGAAAAAAAUGAGAUAAGAAACAUUAAGGUGUGAUUAUAAAUAAGGAAAUGAGCCCCCAAAAGCAUUUUUUAUCACUCGCUGUAAAAUGACUAAGUCCAAAUUGUAAAAGGUUUAGGGCAUAACAUUUUCAUUUUUCAUCCUACAUUUAUUUUAAUUACAUGUUCUUUCUCGUCUUUUUGAGACGAAGAAAAUGAUAUAAAGCACAAUGUCAUAGCUCAAGUAAUAAGAUUUUUACUCCCUGAAAUGCUUGACAUUCCUAUUGAGAUCAUGUCCCUUUUAGGAGGGUAAAUAACAAAGACAUAUUCAUGUCCUAAAACUUUAUUAUUCAGGAUAUUUAAAAGAUCUUUACAUCAUUGUUUUCGUCUUGAGGAGACGAGAAGGAAUAUAUAAUCAUAUUUUAUGUAACAUGAAUAAUAAAAAUGUUGACCCCAGAUAACCUGAUUUGGGACUUAGACUUUUUCCGACGAAUGACUGAAAAUGCUUUUGGGGGCUCAUAAUUUUAUUUAUCAAGCUAGAAAUAAGAACUUGGUAUCACCUGGUUCGCCUCAUUGAGACGAAAAAAAUGAGAUAAGAAACAUUAAGGUGUGAUAAUAAAUAAGGAAAUGAGCCCCCAAAAGCAUUUUUUAUCACUCGCUGUAAAAUGAC